UCCCCCUAGCCCUGGGGGCAACCGCCUCCUGGAACAGGAGCUGCUGGCCAAGGCACUGGAGCAUGCAUGAGCGGCCAGCAGGUGGCGGCAGGGGGUCUCCUUGGGGACCGCCUCAUGAGCUGGGGUUCUGUCCUCCCUGAGCCUUCCUGCUCUGUUCCUGGCUCUGAACUUGAGGAUCUGGAAGCCCCUCCCUACACUCUGGCCGGCAAGGCGUUCACCUGUGUGUGGGAGCCUGGUGACCCUGAGACCCCCACCCACCCCAGCCUCGUGGGGGCAUAGCGGGGCCACCCCCUGCACUUUCUGGGCUCCAAUCCAGGGGCGAGUUGGGAGCACCCCCAGAGUCUCGGGAGCAUGGGGAGGACCGAGCAGCUGUGCCUGAGGGGCGCCAGUGACCGGCUCCCCCUGCAGCUGGUGAAGAGGCUCGUCCAGGCCAGGGACACUGCCUGCCUCCAGCCCACCUUGGACGUCUUCUGCCCCGAGGACCUGCAGCUGCCCCAGGGCCACUGCCAUACUUGGGCCCUGGCCAUUCUGCAGGCACGGCAAAGCACAGCCGACAGCAGGGCCCGCACCAGGGAUGCCAUCACCUAUCUCUGGCCAUCUUCGCUGCAGGUAGGGGCCGGCCCCCUGCCCGAGAGGCCCAUCCCGUGGCAGGUGCAUGAGGGGAUGGGGGCGGUCUUUGCCGAGCUGCAGGUCAGGGAUGUGAGGUCCGAGGACAGGGCUGGUCUCAGGUGUGUGCGCCCCGGGACCAUCUUGGGUGGGGGCAUCUUGCACACAGGCCCUGGCCAUGCAGGUGAACUUCCAAUGCCCAAGACACGUCUGCAGCAGCCAGGCACCAACCAGGCGUCCAUCCCAGCCCCCUCGGCCCUGUGGGCAGUCAGGCCCCUUUCCCAACUCGAUCCCCACCCCCAACCAAGUCCACCUAGGGACAGUGACCAAGUGGUGGGCACCUGGCCUCCCCUCCUGGCUGAGCUCUGGGCACAGGGGCACAGCCCUGGGGGGUGGGACCUGUCCCACAGGGGAUGGGGGGUGUGGGCCAGGGGCCUGCCUGCGAGCAGUUCCUGGUGGGCCUUGCUGGUACCCCCUGGCCUGACAGAGACCCCUGCAGGGAUGGGAGGGGGAACUGAGUGAGUCCUUCAUGGAGAAACUGGUGGGGAAGGGACACGGCUGGCCGGCCCCCCCGAGCUGACCAGCGACAGACCAGGGCCCUGUCUGGGGCGUCAGACUCCUGACCACGAAAGGCUCUGUGCCUGGCAGAUUUCCUGGUGAAGCACCUAUGUUUAGACAGACCCGCAGAGGAGGGACAGACCCUGACCCCAGAGCCAGGCAGGCACCCCCUUCAGAAAGCCAGUGGGAAAAGGUGCAAAGACCUAAAAAAGCAAAGCUCACCUAGACUCCGCAUAACACGCAUUUUCACGGACUGCUGAAGCCCUCAUGCACGACCCCUUAUAAAUGUGGGUGCACACUCAGCCAAACACCCACAGAGCAGAUCCAGCUGGGCUGGGUCACCCCGAGAGCAGGAGGCAAGGUCGGCUGCACAAGGAGAACCACUGCUCACGUCAGCUCGGGCAGCGGAGACACG